UAGCCCAAAACCAGAGCUGCUCUCCCUCUGCAUCUGAAACUAUGAUGGUGAGAGAAGCAAGACUUGUGGGAAUAGGCAUCAUGACACUCCUCCAUGUUUGGUUCCUUUCAAAUUGUGUUUCUAGUGAGAAGCAGCCCUGCAGGCCGUCUUCUUGUGGAGAUAUCCGAAACAUCAGCAGCCCCUUCCGAUUAAAAGGUGAUCCACCUGGCUGUGGUGAUCCUCAUCUUGCAUAUGAGCUGGUUUGUGAAAACAACCGUACCAUCUUAUAUGGGAAAUACUAUGUUGAGGAGAUCAAUUACCAUAACUCCACCAUUAGAGUUGUAGUUCCUGGUCUAGAGAAGGGCAACUGUUUCUCCACUCCUCUUUAUUCCUUGAUAUUACACGGUCUAUAUCCAUAUCAAGCUCCUUAUGAACACACUACUAUAGUUCUGAUGACCUGCACAAGGACAAUCCAUGAUCAUAACCACAUUCCUAUUACUUCUUGCGAGGGUAGCAAUAACAAUGUCUCUUCCUCACAAGCAUAUACUUAUGCACUAAUUGGGCGAGGCAAGGUGGCGAGAGAUAUUCAGAGUUCAUGCACCUUGGGCACGACUGUUGUUACUGGUAAAUUCGAGGCAGUUUCAGAGACCAGAAAGAGUACUUCAAUGUCAGAUUUGCAAGAAAUUCUGCUUAUGGGGCUUGAGCUAUCGUUUUUGUACUUCCGCUGUGGCAAAUGCAAAGGAGGUCUAAGCUUCUGUGAGCCGAAUUUCAAUGACAAUAGUAUAAUAUGCGACGAGUACUGGACUGAUGGAAGAAAUUGGCUUAGCAAGUUGAAAGAUGAUGUACUGGUUCCAAUGAUCAACUUUUUCACCGAGGCCUUUUUUCGAAGUCCCUUUACAUUUGAAGGCCUUAGAAAAUAUCUUAAUGAUGGAGACUAUCCCUCCGCGGGUGUUGUAAUUGGGGCCUGGGUUGUUCAAAAGGCUGUCAUAACAAUCGUUGGUGGACGCACAAUACUCGGGAUGUUAUGUCUUUUUUCCUACUUGAUCUUCAAGUUUCAUCGAAGACACUUAUCAUCAGAUGAAGAUAUUGAAGAAUUCUUGCAAAAUCACAAAAAAUUUCGGCCCAUCAGGUAUUCAUAUUCACAUUUAAAGAAGAUGACCAAUAAUUUUAAAAAUAAAUUAGGUCAAGGCGGCUUUGGCUCUGUAUACAAAGGUAAACUUCGAAGUGGUCAAAUUGUAGCAGUAAAAAUGUUGGUCAUAUCAAAAGCUAAUGGGCAAGAUUUCAUUAAUGAAGUUGCUACAAUUGGAAGGAUUCAUCAUAUUAAUGUGGUACGACUUGUUGGAUUUUGUGUGGAAGGAUCAAAAUGGGCCCUCAUAUAUGACUUCAUGUCGAAUGGGUCUCUUGACAAGUUUAUCUUCCUCAAAGGAGAAAAGAGCAUUCCUUUAAGUUGGGAAAGAUUGUACAAGAUUGCACUUGGGGUAGGGCGUGGAAUUGAAUACUUACACCAAGGGUGUGACAUGCAAAUUCUACAUUUUGAUAUCAAGCCGCACAAUAUUCUUUUGGAUGAAGACUUUACUCCAAAAGUUUCAGACUUUGGCCUUGCAAAAUUAUAUUCAACAGGUGAAAGUAUUGUGUCUCUCACUGCAGCUCGAGGAACAUUAGGAUACAUUGCUCCAGAAUUGUUCUAUAAAAACAUUGGGCAUGUGUCAUAUAAGGCUGAUGUUUAUAGUUUUGGAAUGUUGUUAAUGGAGAUGGUGGGAAAACGGAGGCAUGUGAGUGCACAUGAAGAAAAUCUAAGUGAGAUAUUCUUCCCAUCAUGGAUUUAUGACCAAAUUGAACAAGGUGGACAUAUGGAAAUGGGCGAUGCCACAGAGGAUGAAAAGAAAUAUAUGAGAAAAAUGAUCAUAGUUGCAUUAUGGUGUGUGCAAAUGAAGCCCAUAGACCGCCCUUCUAUGAGCAAAGCACUAAAUAUGCUUGAAGGUGACGUUGAAAUCUUGCAAAUGCCUCCUAAGCCUACCCUAUAUUCCCAUGAAAUGUCAACUCAAGAUCGGCAGAACAACCCAAUGGGGGAUCUAAUUUCCUUAUGUAAUGCAAGUAUUACAAUUAGCUUAGAUGGAAGGUAACUUAACAAUGUAUCUACUUGCAAACUCUCU